AUUAUUUCUUUUGUUUUUGAUUGAAACUGACUGGAAAAAAUAAAUAAAUAAAAAAAAUAAAAUUAAAUGUAAAUCGUUAUGCGAGACACUUGGCCAGGACUGGUGACGUCACUGCGUCGUGCUGAUGCUGAGAGGUAUUCAACUACGUUACCGCAGCGAAGGAACGCCGGACGCAACAAUUCAGUCCCCCGACACAACAACAAUAUGAGCAAACAUGAAGGCACUGAGAGAGGAGCACAGUCCAACUCUGACAACAGUGAAGAAAAAGACUGGGCAGCUGUCAAAGCAUUAUUUGACAACGCGAAAACAGCGAAGAAGCCCCGUCCGCCCAAACCCAGCAACGCAGUAACCAUUGCGGUGUCCUCGCGCACGCUGUUUAACAUGGUGAAGGAAAGGAAGGUGUUUGAAGAGGAGGGACUGGAGAGGUACGUCGCGCUCCAGCUGGAGCUCGAAGAUCAGCCAUUUAACCCAGGUGUCUCGUUUCCUUUCGUUAAGGCUCUAAUGAAUGUAAAUGCUCGUUUGAGGGAACUAUACCCAGACAGUGAAGAGCUGUUUGAUAUUGUGCUGAUGACUAAUAACCAUGCCCAGGUCGGAGUUCGUCUCAUCAACAGCAUCAAUUACUAUGAUCUAACUAUAGAAAGAUUUUGCAUGACGGGUGGAGAGAGUCCAAUUGGUUACCUAAAGGCCUACAUGACCAACCUCUACCUGUCCAAAGAUUCAACGAAGGUACAAGAAGCUAUCGAAGAAGGAAUAGCUGCUGCCACAAUGUUCACCUGUGACAGUGAGAACGAGCUCAGUGACACACAGCUACGUGUAGCCUUCGACGGAGAUGCCGUUUUGUUUUCCGACGAGUCUGAGAUUAUCGUGAAGGAGCACGGAUUGGACACCUUUUUUAAGCAUGAGAAAGAGUUUGAGAACAAGCCUCUUGCUCAGGGCCCCCUGAAAUGUUUCCUGGAAGCAUUGGGGAAACUCCAACGCAAGUUCUAUGCAAAAAACCAACGAAUCGACUGCCCUAUUCGCACUUACUUGGUCACAGCUCGAAGUGCCGCCAGCGCUGGGGCCCGCGUCCUGAAGACCCUACGAAGCUGGGGGUUGGAGGUAGAUGAGGCCCUCUUUUUGGCUGGGGCUCCUAAGGGGCCUCUCCUUCAUAAGAUCAGGCCUCACAUCUUCUUUGAUGAUCAGAUGUUUCACAUCGAGGGUGCCCAGGAGCUCGGAACAAUCGCUGCUCACGUGCCCUAUGGAAUUGGACAGAAAUAUCAUAAGGGGAAACGGAUAGAAACAAGUGAUGCAGAGGAAAAAAUGAAAUGAUUUGAUCUUUAUCAAAUGCAAAUGUCAGAGUCCCAUACUUUAGGUACCUCAAAUUAAUUUUAUUUAUUUUUGGUUGCUUCUGAGAAAAUUUUGAAUCUUGAUCUCUACAUAUGGUUUAAGUUAAAUGGAUUGCUGGAAAUAUAAAUACAAGGAAGCUACGGUUUUCAAAAUGACCUACAUAGUAUAUUAUGUACUGUACUAAUCUGUCAAAACUACUGUGAGGGUAAACUUUAGCCCUUUCUUUCUUUCUUUUCUUUUUUUUAAAGAGAAUAAUGUACAAUUAGAUGUGUUUACCAGCCAUUAUGCCUUGAUCAUUACAAUUUUAUAUGAUGUUUAAUCAAGAGUUUAAUUUAGAAAAUUUAAUUCUAUCUCAGGGAGCAUACAUUGCAACUGUCUGUACUUGAUUUAUAGUGUCAGAUUUUAUUCUUCAUUGUAAAUUUAGCAGAUUUGUAUCUACAUUUAGAUGUUUUGUUUUAACUUCACUGCUUUACUGCUGUACUUCGAUACUUGAACUCAAUCCUCAGGCAGUUUCACUGUGUGGCCCACCACCAGUGCUCCUGACAGACCUUGCCACAAUAAUACACAAUCUGCCCUGAGUGCCCUGAGAAUGUAUUACACCUCUGUGUUAACCAUAAGGUGUAAAUGUAUGAAGUAUAUUUAAUUUUGUUUUGUCCACAAAACAAAACAAAUGUGUUGAUCACUGUUAUAAAUGCUGGAUUUAUGCUGGAUCAAUUAAAUGAGUGAUCUUA